AGGUUGCGGAGGCUGGCUCAAGGACCACAACUCCCAGGGUGCUGCGCGCCCUCGCCGCCGCCAGGAACAAGAUGGCUGAGAAACUCGCCGCCUUUCUGAAGAAUGCCUGGGCCAAGGAGCCGGUGCUGGUCGUGUCCUUCGCCAUUGGAAGUCUCGCUGUGAUUCUGCCCCCACUCAGCCCCUACACCAAGUAUGCCAUCAUGAUCAACAAGGCCACACCCUACAACUACCCAGUGCCCCUCCGAGAUGAUGGGAACAUGCCUGACGUGCCCAGCCACCCCCAGGACCCCCAGGGCCCCAGCUUGGAGUGGCUGAAGAAACUGUGAGCACUUCCAUUGACAGGGAGGAGGCACCUUCGCCCAAUAAAAUGUGAAACCAA